AUGGACACUAAGGCAUAUCUAACCCUCAUCGACCAGCCCUGGAGGUGCUAUGUCCUUGGAUUAUCAAUUACUGAUAGCAAACUUCUUCAACUUCACUUUUACAACCACUCUGGUGGUGCAAUCUCACCCUCUAUCAAUAUCCACACUGAUGCAGAAGUCUUCAUAUACAUUAUAUGUGCUGUUGCGUUUGGCUCCCACUCAACCCUUGGCUUUGAUUCAACCAUAGAGAUAUCCCCCCAUCCUGCACACAGCUGCAAAUGCACAGCACUUGUGAUACCUCUCUCCCCUUUCCCCUCUCCUGCAAUGCCUUCUCCUCACUUGGAGUUGGGCAUCCUCCCCAGUGCAAACUCACUCCUGACUCCCGCAUCACCUGAACACAUCCCAGCAAUCAGGAGGAUCCAAGUAAACAAGACCUUCUACAAGGUGCUUGAUGUAUUAUUCUUGAGCACAGGCUUUCUAGGAAGGGGUACUGUUUGUUACCUCACAUGCUACAAUGGGGAAUACUACAUCAUCAAGGAUUAUUGGGUGGAGGAGUCAGAGCAGAGGACAGCCCUGCACAAAGUCAACAUGAUGAAGCUGGUCCAGGACAUCAAUGGAGUUCCCAAGUUGCAACACUACUGGGUCGUCAAGGUCAAGCUGGGCAUUGUUGAUAAAACUGAAUGA